AUGGUGAUCCACGGGGCCACACACACACACGCACUCACACGCACUCACAAACCGAGGCCUCCAGCCCGAGCUCCCCCGCCCGCCGCGCUCCAGGGCGGAGUUUCCUCCUCGGCUCAUUGUUCGCAGCCCAGCGCCCGCCCAGCCGCCGCGCCGCGGGGCCCCGCCGCCGCCGAGAGCGCGCUCCUAGGAGAGGGGGCGGAGUGGCGCAGACGGGACGGGGCGGGAGUCGCCGCAGCAGCGCGCGCGGGGCGGCACAGCGCAGACACAGUCCGGGCCGCCGCAGCCGCCGCAGCUCCUCGUAGCUGGCUCCGCGCCCCAGCCCGGCUCUGCGGUAGGGAGGAGGGGCCGCGGGAGCGCGACUCGGGAGCCAGGGGCCGUCUCCAGGCCUCCCCAAGCGGCGCCCACGCUCCAGCCGCCCAGACGCGCCGACCUUGCGCCAGCCCGGCAGCCACCUGCUCGCGGCCCGGGAGCGAGAACAUGAUGCGCUCCACACUGGCGCUCUCCGCGACGCUGCUGCUUCUGCUCCUGCCGUCGCCGUCACUCUCCCAGGAUGAUGGUAAGACUGACCAGAAUCCAGCUGCCACAUCCAAACCUUCUACAACCCAGAGCAAGCAGGAACCCCUUCCAGUGCCCACUAGCGCUGCAGCAAAAGCACCUGCUAUGACAGCCCCGACAUCGACCGCUGCACCAGCAUCGAAGCAGGACAAACGUCCAUCUGAUGGCUCAGUGAUAACUACACUCCCUCCAGCCCAGCAAAACACUGUGGCAUCUAAAAACUCAGUGGUGACCUCAGUCCAACCUCCAAUAGAUGCAUCUAAAUGGACCUCAGACUCUGGAGACAAAUCAAGUGGGAGCACCCCUACUACCCUUCUCAGUGGCUUCCAGGGUGACAAGCCUAAAACGACAAGCCGCCCCACUACUGAUGAAAAUCGAGCUUCCUCUGGAGGUCAGAGCAAUGACAGUGCUCUCACAGCCCCACCAGCCACUCAGGGGAGAGACCAUCUGGCCACUAAAACGGCCACCGAACCUCCCUUACAGUCUACAGACCAGGCUAACAUCUCACAGCCUCCUUCUAUUUCUACACUUACCAAUACAGCAAGUCCUCCCCAGUCCGCAGCUACUACUUUAAAGACCACAGAGAGCUCUCCUUCGGGACAACCCAGCCCUACCACUAUCUCCAGUGGAUCCAACACUGUGUCCAGACCUGACUUAUCAGUGGCCUCAGGGAUGCCUACCACACAGACAUCACCAGUCACCCCUGAAGAAACUCAGUCCACCUCCAGCGAGAUGCCGGGUGUAUCUCUGCCUUUCUUCACACCACCGCAGCCCACAGGGUCUUCAGUGGGAACUGAGGCCACACCUACUGCUGAUGAAUUUAUAAGCCCCAGCACUAAUUUGACUCCAACGGCCCCCCGAGGCCCUAGCACACCCUCUCCCAUCUGGACUUUUGGGAAUUACAAGGUAAAGUGUGACCCUGCCAUCAUGCCAGACCCGGACCUGCUCAUCUUGAACCUCACGAGAGCCAGUCUCUGUGAUGGGAACCCUUCGGAUGAAAAACUUGUGGAAUUGCUGUGUAAUUCAGUCAAAGUCUCCUUCAGCCCAGCUCAGGACCAGUGCUUCCUACAGGUGGCACCUAUUCUAGAAAGCCAGGCGGUGGCAGUGAAAAGAGUCAUUAUUGAGACAAAGCUCCCUUCUAAGGCUGUAUUUGAGCUACUGAAGGACAAAUGGGAUGACCUGAGAGAGGCGGGUGUCAGUGACAUGCAUCUGGGGAAGGAAGGACCACCGGAACCAAAUGAGGACCGCUUCAGCAUGCCCCUCAUCAUCACCAUCGUCUGUAUGGCAUCCUUCCUUCUCCUCGUUGCAGCCCUCUAUGGCUGCUGCCACCAGCGCGUCUCCCAGAGGAAGGAUCAGCAACGACUCACAGAAGAGCUGCAGACAGUGGAAAAUGGUUACCACGACAACCCAACCCUGGAAGUGAUGGAGACCUCUUCUGAGAUGCAAGAGAAGAAGGUGGUCAACCUUAAUGGAGAGCUGGGGGACAGUUGGAUUGUCCCUCUGGACAACCUGACCAAGGAUGACCUAGAUGAGGAGGAAGACACGCAUCUCUAAUCCCGUCUUCUGGCCACUCCUGACAGCACCACAGAUCUCCAGAUCACCUGAAGUGCCAUUUGGACAGGGAAGGAAAACUCUCCCCUCAAAGAGGGAAAGACUGGGGAGGGAGAGUGGACUCUGAGGAUUGCCGCCACCUGAUCCCCACAGGGCCUUAAUUUUUCCCUUUUCAAGCUGAACAAUUCACAUUCUAUGUAGUUUCCUCCUGUAAAAUAACACACUAGUGCCUGAGCCCAGAGCUGCUGUCAGGUGAGAGGAAGGAAGAUGGAGAAAGCCAUGUAAAAGACUUUGGAAGUUCUCUAGUAGUGGAAUCCUUUCAUAAGUGAGAUGACCAAGAAGGGCUAAAGAAGCCAGGUGACAUGCGCAGGGUCACCCAGCCAUUUAGUGACAAAGAUUGCUUCCUCGAGGCCAGUGCUCAGUCGCACCAUGCCACACUGUGUUCACUGCCAGCCUGUCUUACUCAAGGGAGACACUUGCAGAUAGGUGGGCUGGAAAGAAAAGAAGGCCUCUGUUGUCUCAGGGGUGUCUGAUAGCUCAAAAGGACAGGCCCCAUUUUCAUCACCUACAGUUACAUAGUCUCUUCUGCUAGCCUGUUGUACCCCACCUCCCACGACUCAGUCUUUAGAUCAACGACUUUCCAGGUCCCCUGGGACUGGCACAGGUCAUGGCCUUGAACCUCUCGUUCUAUUCUGAUUGCCUUGCGUUUGCUUAUGGGAUUGGGACUUAACCCACAUAAGCCUCCCUGUGCGAUGGAGGUCUGCCUAAGCGAUGGGUGGCCAGGUGAAGAGAAGGGGAGCCCAUCACCCAAACCCUCCUUGAAGACAUUCCUCAAGAUGUCUUUUGCCCUUUUGCUCCCACCAUGAACGAAUCUGCAGUAGUUGCUGAAGGCAAGAUGUUCCUUUUUUGUUCACUGCUCAACCGAUGGGGUGAAUCCUCAAAGCCCAGUGCCACAGAGCAGUAGUCUAGGGAUGGACCUAUCCUGAGGCCCUGAUUGACAGAAAUGUCUCAGUAGACAAUCGAGCUAUACCAGGUGUUACUGUUUUACAGGAAACUCAGGGACUUUUCAAGUUUGCUGAGAAUCGUGUUACGUUUUGUGUUUGUUUAGUCCAGCCCUCCACUGCCAAAGGCUAAAGCUCAGACCCUGGAGACUCUCUCACUAGUUCUGAUUCUCCUGUGCCAUGGAGAAGUAAAGGCCCAGAACACGCAGUACUUGCUAAAGUACCUUGGCCCACUCUCAUGGCACGGAGCCGAGCCUGUUUCCUCUCCGUACCUGGUGGCACUACAGCCGUCCUGUUUCUGGUGGCAUCUCAGGGAAACACAAAGUCAUGCCCAGUACCUAGCCGGGGUUCUUAACAGGAAAGGUUUGCAAUAGCCUUGUAGAAUGCUGCCAAGGGCUGGGCAUAGUGAAGUUCCAUCUGUUUUUUGGAGAAGGGAGACCCUGUGUGGAGUUUUGAACUUGGGUCAUGGUCUGUGUUGUUCCUGGGCACAAAUUCCUGGGACCAACUGCAUGCUUUGGGACAGCUUAUUUAAAAAAGAAUUGGAGCUAGGGGAAAGGCAAGUGUCCUCUGUCUGAUUCCUCCUUUACAGCUGUAGCCCUACAUAUUCUAGUGGGAAAGGAAGGCACCAGUGAGUUUUUCAAGAGUUGUAGAGAUGCUAACAAGAAUCCACAAGCACCUGACCUGUUUCUCUCAAAAUCUGCAGGGGAGGAUAGAGAACAGUGUCCACUUCAGGCAGGAAAGAGGACGGACAUCCUGCUUCCUGCAUUAGGUUCUGUCCAUCCAGUGGUGUUCUGUCACGACCUCUGAGAGGCCAGACAGGAUUCCAGCUCCUUUGCUGUUUAUGGGUCACACUCACUGACAAGGGCAUUUGAUGGAGUUUCUGAGAACUGAUCACAGAUUACAAACCCAUGGGCUUUUCAGAGAGAGAUGAGCAAACACCACACCUGGUCAGAGCCUGGUGAGGCUCUGGCUGGGCUGAUUCAGAGGUUCCUUCUUUCUGUGCACCCAAAUCAUUUGCCUUUUAAUACAACUUGAGAAUCUGACACCUGGCCUCGGCUUGUUCUUGCUGCUGGGACAUCUAUUCAACAGGCCACAGGGCUAGCAUCUGUCAAAGUCAUCUUCUUCCUAUAUCUUUACUGGGUUCUUUGUACUAUCUGAUAAUCCAGAAUCUGGGGCAGAGAAAAGGAAAGAGAUAGGGAGCUCAGCACAAGUUUAAAACCAGUUGUACCAAAGAGUGGCAAACUCUGUUUUUUUUCAUGAGCCUGAUGGUUUUGACUGAACAAACUUAGCAGGCAGUGUGCUGUUUUGUGAGUGGGAAGAGAAGGAGCCAUGCUUAAUGAGGGAGGCACAUAGCAGUCUGUAUCGUAGGACCAAGUAUGGAAUUAAUUCAGAUUUCUCCCCUUUUUGAUAGAGAAAAUGAGCAGUUUUAAACCACUUACUGAGCUUUUUUUUUUUUUCUUCAAUUUUUGGACAAUAUACUGGUGAAACUUUGAAGAAUAAGUUUAAGUUGACAUAGAGAUGCAUAUUUUGACAAUGUAAAUACAACAGCCACGUGUUAAUCUACCCUGCACUGCUUUAAGUGAAUAUACUUUGGGAAAAAAUUUUGUUAAUUAAGAGAGAGAGCUAAGCCUUUUUUCUUUGAACAAGAAUGUAAAUGUCUAUGUUAUUAGAAAUGACAAGGGUUUUUUUUUUUUGAAGAAAAACAUAACAAGACAGACUGGUGACAACAUAUUUGCUUUGCAGCUAGGGAAUUUAAAAAUGUUUAAAUACGAUCCUUGCUUCUUCCCAGCCAAGUCCCAAUCCUAUUGUAAUGGCUGGAGUUUAGUGUGUAUCAAUGAUUCACAGGGAAAUUUAGAGACCUAGGUUCAAUCUUUCUACAGGAAAACACAUCCUAAGCCCCCAAAGAUAAGUGAGUUGGCCACAGUGGCAGAAACAAGAUUCAAACCUGGGUCGGCAGACUGUUCACCCUGUGCUGUGUGCUUCUGAAGGACAGGGAAUUAAGGACUGUCACUCGCAGGUGGCCACUGUUCCUCCCCCACAACUACCCUGGCAAAGCUGAGGAAGACACAACGGCCCAAAACAGCCAUAUUGUUGGGCUCUGGAAUCAUUAGGUCCAAGAUGUAAAUAACGUUUUUUGUUUUGUUUUUCCUGCCAAGAAACAAUUUUGAAGACUUUCACUGAGAAACUUCCAGCAGAACAAAGGGAACGUGACAGGGAAAGGCAGAGAGGCAAGGGAAUCCCUGAGUGGAGAUUCUGUCAUAGUCACCAGCUCUUUCCUUCAGGUGUGCAGAAAACCCCACACCGAGAGGGGAUGGAUUACUGUUUCAUGGGGGUCUUUUUGUUCUUUGUGAAAGUUUGCCCAGGAGACUGGGGGAGCAUGUUUUAGUGGACAGGGGUCUGACGUACACUGGAAUUUAUUGAGAACUUAUUUGUGAAGACUAUAGUUAACUAUUGCAUUUUCUUACAAAAUAUAUUUUGGAAAAUUGUACACUGUCAAUUAAAAUGCUUUUGUGUAAGCUGG